UACUUGAGUCUAUCUGGGGUACUUCCUGUUUCAAAGUCCAGCUAGCUGAUGGCAGAUAACAGGUAAUAUAGGGGAGAUGUUGUGCAGCAGCUUCAUUAAUCAAUGUUUAUUGAUUGAGAGUGUUUGAGCAGACAGACAGACAUGCAGCCUUCUGUGGAGUCUCUGGUCCGACUGCUGGAGUCAUACAGAGGAAGAGAUAAAGUUAUACGGACGGUCUGUUAUGGCUCGCAGCUGGUCGGAGGAGUUCUUUCCCGGAAAGCAGAAACCGACCUUUCAUACCAGCGGCUCGGGAAACGUCUGCUGCUGUUUUCUGCUCAGCUCAGCCAAUGCCGGACGGUGCUGAGGUUGUUUGAUGAUCUGUCCAUGUUGACGUACUCCCAAAGCUAUGGGUUUGGAGGCGGGGAGGAGGACGCGGGUGUGCGCCUGAUAUCGGUGCUGACCAACGUGGCCGACCAGCUCUACUACCCCUGUGAACACAUCGCCUGGGCUGCUGACGCUGAGCUCAUCAAAGUGAAGUCUGAUAAAUGGUGGCUGUUGAGCACGGUGCUGUGGGGCAGCUCGCUGCUGCUGGGAAUACUCAGAUCGCUCCGAGUUCUGCUGCUCCUGAAGAAGAAGCUGGAGACAUAUGAGAGGGAUGAAGGUGGCAACAGUCGCUCUCAGCUCCACAGAGAGAUGCGAGGAGAGGUUCUCUCCAUCCUCAGCAGCAUGGCUGACCUCAGUAAUGCCAUUCACUGGAUGCCACCAGGUUUCCUGUGGGCGGGACGGUUCCCAAACUGGCUGGUGGGGCUGAUGGGCACCAUCUCGUCUCUGAUUGGUUUGAUCCAGAUGAACGCCGGAGACAGCGAUGAGACAGACAGUGCAUAGUCUUCACCUCACAGUGAGGAAUAGAUCAGGUGCUAUGAUGACUGGAUGAAAGAUCUGUACUGGUGGAAAAUGCUGAGUGAAAGGAUGUGAAGCAGACUACUGACUACAAUGUCUGAAGAACAUAAGAAAUCACCUGUACCUUUGACUGGAUGAUAAGUGAAUAAUCUAAGUAGACUUGUAGCCAAUUGUCCUAGUGCUUCAUCAGAUGGGACUGAAAGCCUCUGUCAUCAGACAGUUGGAGGCAAGAUUUGAUGAUUAUUUCUAGCUGCUAGAGCUACACAAUCACAUACAUGUGAAACGUAUUUUGAAUAUAUAUAUAUGUGUUGUUAUUUGCAGAUAAAAGUAUUUUCAUGUCAUUUUAGUACAGUGUAGAGGUUUUGCAGAAAGGAGUAUUCAAAUCCUGCAUGACAAUUAUGUCCUAAUGACAUGGUUAAAUGGAAGCAGCUCCUUGGGGUGAAUCAACUUUGUAUUCCGCACCUAUUGCCUCCUGUGUUUAGAAAUUAAAGCUAUGUCGUAAUUGUAAGAGAGAUAAUGUGUAGAGAUUGUUAAAAUAUUGCCUUAACUCCACUACAUACACCUAUUUUCAAUCUUUUACGGCUCGGCUACUGAGAUAACUCAAGUAAAAAUUUGAUUUCUGUCAUAUAAUGUUUAAGGACAACCUUCAGACAACAGUGUUUAUAUGGAAACAGUCUGUGUUACUGGUCAAAUGAGACAGAAGCACAAGUAGCUGCUUGAAAUGUAAAUUGAAUCAUAUGUAAAUUUGCUUAAGAUUAUGUAAACUAAUGAACUUUUUAAAUAAAUUGAAUCUAUCCUCUGUUGGAUGAUUACUUGA